UUCGCAGCGCCGAAGCGUACGGUUCAUAGGAGGAACGGAACGGAGUGGAACGGAACGAAACGGGGAACGCGACGGAAACUAGUUGUUGCUGUUUUUUUGUCCGUGCUUAAAAAAAAAUUAAAACAAAAAAUUAAGUAACACUUAAGCAAAGUCCGCGUGAAAAUCAAUUAAAAAUCGUUCGUCGUUUUGUGCGUGUGACCACUAAAAGUGCCCCGAUCGGAGGAUUUUAAUAAAUUCAAUUAAGUCCCGUCCCAAAGAUCGCUUUCAUUGUCUGACGCACUCGCGUGAUGAACAAGUGAAAGAGUAAAAAUAUAAAAAAAGAAAGAUCACAGCUAAAAGCAAAGUGAUUGACUGCACAAGAAAAGUUCCUUACCUCCCAACCAGAAGUCAAAAGUGAAGCGGAAAACAGAGGAGAUAACAACUAACGGGGCUUCCACAGAAAAAGUUCCUUGUUUGUAGAGAUCAUUGUAAUCAGCGCAGAUCGAAGCCAUAUAUAAAAUGAUUUCACACAGUCCGCCCAUAUUCAGUCACAGUCCACCCGUUAGUUUUCUGGCGGACUUCAUGAGCGGACAUCAGCGUCAAUCGUUAAACUACAAUGACGAGCCCAACAGAGCGUCGCGCUACUGCCGGCCCCAAGUGAUAACUCUGGCCUCCAAAGCCAUGGUCAACAACGCCUCGGCGGCGGUCCAGGGCCAGGGUCCCAGUCAGCAGAAGGCGGGUGCCACGCCUCUGGGCGUGGGCAGUCGAUCCGGACGCAGUUACCUGGAGCGUAUGGCCUCGGCUCCGCUGCUCACCAAUCAGCCCAAGUCCUGUCUCAGCCGCAAAUCCUGCCUGCACAAAUCCCAGAACAGUACGGCCAGCUCGGCAGAUCUCUCGCCGACGGACACUGAUGUCACGGACAGUGCCAGCCAUAGCUGUAUGUGCAGCAAGGACAGCGACAGCAACUGCGAACUGAGCCGUGGCCCCAAAAAGCAUGUGAUCUUUGCCGAUGAUGAGGGUCUAUCGCUAACCGAGGUUCGGGUGAUGUCCGAACCCUCAAAUGUGCCACCCUAUUGGAGCAUGAAGUUCUUGGAGCAGAUAACACAGGGCCUGGUCAGCCCCCAUCCGCCAGAUCAGUGGACAGUGGACUUCAAGCAGCCAGCCUCAGACUAUCUAUCAUUUAGACAAAAGAUAGAUCGGGACUUCGUUUCCCUCGAGAAUGUGAUUGUUAAGGAUGAGGAGUCGAUUGUGGUGGGCACCAUCAAGGUGAAGAACAUCGACUUCCAGAAGGAGAUCAUCGUCCGCGUGACCUGGGAUGACUGGAAGAGCCAACAGGACAUCUUCUGCACAUUCGCCAGGGCCUAUGGACCAACUACUUGUGCCCACGUAGUCUUCGAUACAUUCUCCUUCAAGAUCACCUUGCCGCCGUCCUCCAAGCGCCUGGAAUUCUGCAUCUGCUACCGCACCAACGACACCGAAUAUUGGGAUAAUAAUGAUGGUAAAAACUACACCAUCAGCAAGCGAUCGCCCUUUUAUUACAACGCCUUGUCGCCCUAUGAUAAGGGUCAGAAUCGCAACUCGAGCCAGCAAAUAAGGUCCACCCUGACCGAUGCCUUGGCCAAGGUGCAGAACCAAAAUGGCUGGCACCAGGAGCCGCAUACGCCAUAUUGGUGAAAUCGCCUGGGAACGGGAAUGGGUUUUCCCCACCCCAGCGAUUGAAUAAAGUUUCUCAUUUAGGCCACAUGAACAGAAAGAAACAGAAUUGGAUCAGAUUAUAAAAUUUAUAAACAAUUUUAGAGACAGAGAGAGAGUCUAAAAGAUUUUUAUCACUAACGAAUCCUUUUGACUUAAGCUUAUAACUGGUACAAAUAUCCCAAUUUUACAGUGCCAUUAACUUGAGGAUAACUCAAUGAAAAACGAGAUAGAGGGGCUUAUAUCUACUUCUACUAAGCAAAAGCCCGAAUUUGUAUGUUUUGUCUUUAAUCAACUCGAUGGAAUUUCUUUGUAUAACUUUCUAAAUGUUUAAUGUUCGAUUGUAAAGAAUUUUUGGAAAAGCUAGAUUUAUAUGUUUACCUGUAUGUCUGUGUGAUCGUCUACAUCUAUAUAACUGAUAUUAGAUUAAUGUAACUAAAAACGAAAAAACCCAUAAAAAAGAUAUGAAUUUUGAGGCGUGAAGCAUCCAAGCAAACCAUUGUUUCGAAAUUUUCUGCAAUUGCAAAAUAAAGAAAACAACAAAAAACACACAUACACAAUUAAAAACAACAAAAUUGUAGACUUAAGUUUAUUCUUUUAAUACUUUUCAUUUUUUAUCCUUUUUAUUUCGUUAUACAAUUUUUUCCUUUUGGUUAUUUGAAACGCUAAGACUGAAAUGGCUUGUUAUGGAGAAGAAAACACGUC